CGGGCAUGACUGAAGAAAGAAACAGCGGACACACGCCUCCUGCUUUUACUAGCUUCGGCGACGAGGCAAUCGCGAGUACAAGCCGUGAAGACGCCGUGGGUUCUUCAUCCACUUUGGACAAUUACACUAGAGUUCCUAAUGGCACCUGGGGUGGCCAACGGCACACGCCGUACUACCCGGCUGACGUCACAUACACCAUGCAUGGGCAUGCAGACAUGGCUGAAAACAGAAGCACCGGUUACAGGCCUCCUGUGUCCAGCAACGGCGGCGAUGAUGCAGUGCCCAGUACAAGCCGCGCUGGCAGGCAUGAAACAUCAGCUGGUUUGGAAUAUGACGGGAGAAUUCCUAAUGGCACGUGGGGUGGCCAACGAAGCACGCAGUACUACCCGGCCGAAGUCGCAUCCACAACGUACGGGUAUACAGACACGGCCGAAAACGGAAGCGCCAGUUACUGGCCUCCCUGUGUCCAGCAGCGGUGGCGAUGAGGCAGUGCCCAGUACAAGCCGUGCUGGCAUGGAGGAAGCGUCAGCCUAUUGGGAAAACGACGGGAGAAAUGCUACUGGAACCGAGGAAAACGAACAGCACGAGUUAUGCGGUGUCUGCGGUGUCUGCGGCAAAGUUUACACCAGACUGAAUGCCUUACGGAGACACGCUGCCGAGCACUACGGCAAUGAAUGCUACACUUGCGAUGCAUGUGAUUUACCCUCUGUAAAUAUUACGAAGUUACUAAGACAUUACCAGAAGAGCACAGAAGAAAAACGCUACAAAUGCGAAACAUGCGGUAAAUCGUUCAAGCAGUCGUGGCACCAUAACGUUCACCAGCGCACCCAUACAGGCACAAGACCCUUCAACUGCGAAACGUGUGGUAAAUCAUUCGCGCGUUCGGACCAUCUUAAUAUCGACAAACGCACGCAUACCGGCAUAAAACCCUUCAACUGCGAAACGUGUAGUAAAUCAUUCGCGCGUUCGGACCAUCUUAAUAUCCACAAACGCACGCAUACCGGCAUAAAACCCUACAACUGCGAAACAUGUGGUAAAUCGUUCAAGCUGUUGCACCAUCUUAAUGGCCACAAGCGCACGCAUACAGGCAUAAUACCGGAGAAAUGCACAACAUGUGGGAAGUCAUUCACGCGGUUGGAUAGCCUUAAGAACCAUCAAUUAAAGCACAUAGGCGAGAAACUCCAUGUCUCCCCAAAAUGUAUGAAAUCAUUUCAUAGCAAGGAAUAUCUCCAAGCGCAUAUGAAGCUGCAUACGGGCGCGAAACCCUUCGUCUGCGAAAUAUGUAGUGAGUCAUUUGGGAACAGCUCAAGUCUCCGAAGUCAUAGCCUUCACCAUGCGGACGAAACAUUGCAUCAGUCUGCUGAAUGCGGCACUCGUUUACCAGAUAGAGGAUACGUCGACGGACACUUGUGCGAGAUGCUUACGUGCUAUUUGUGUGGAGAUUCCUUUAGAGAUGACGUUCAACUGGCCACUCAUCUCGUGACGCACAGGAGGGGGGCAGCCGUAACAGUGUGAUUGGUGCGCAUAUGAAGUCAAUCACCCGCGACCUUUCCACAGAAACGUGAUUGCGAACCCGUGCAGGAAACAACGCUGAUGUUCUUUCAUAGCUCUCAGCAACUUACGCUAAGCAGCGCAUGCGAAUACCAGGUUCUUUCUAACGAAGUGGAAAAUGGCUUAGUGUAAUGCACAGUGUAAAGGAUGCCAGCUAGCUCUUUGAAAUCACGAAACAAUACGCUGUCGCCAGAAUUACUUAGUUCGUGUGCCAAAAAAUUUUUUAAUUUCUCGACCAGUGAACGCUGUUCACAUAGUAACUGUGUCAUUAAGAGAAACCCGAUUGGGCUGCAAUUUUACGUUUUGUGUAACCUAAGCGUAGAAUGAGUAACAAAAGAACCUUGACUGCUCGAUCAAUUACGGUAAUUUUCGCAAUUUCAAUAGCAGGAAACGCGUAGUUAUGAAUAAUUAUUGAAUUGAUGGAAGGUUUCCAGUAAAAAUAAGAAGUCAGUUCUGUAAUUGCGAUGUUGCUCCGUUGCCUUCGACAAAAAGUUCGUAGUGAUUUUUGCGACAAUAUUUAGCCAUGGCGUACCCACGACAAUUCAUGGCUUGGAAUUUAGACUAAUGCAUUGAUUUAUUCCGUGAUUGCCAAGACACAUGCGAGGCAGUGUUGGUUCUUUCAUUGAUGCCAAAGAUCUUUGUUUAACUGCUGAGCAAUUGACUGCUGAGCGAAUUGGUAAUGCAAGAUAAAUAAACAAGUGCUAAAUACACGACUGACGAGAACAAGGUGACACCACGAUUUGCGUAUUACAACUGAAGGUUUAUUGAAGAACAUGACAGAUAAUCUGGGACAGCUGAAAGAACCAUUUGCAAAGAAAUAAAUAAAAAGAACAGUUAGUAAAGGUGAGUUUCUAGAUAGUCUAUACUUCCUUGUGUAAAGAAACUGAAGGCUUGGCUACACACUUCUCGCCUGCAUUUUGGGGAAAGAACGGUUUGUCGAGUUUACGUGCUUUCUUGUAUUUAUACCGUGGAAGCACCAUUGCAUGAGUUAUCAGCGGACAGCACCUACGCUCACGGCAGUGCACAGCCAAGUCAGAGAAUGGCUACUCUUUCAAUAAAGCUCGAUGGUGCCUCAGGCGAUGAUUAGGGCAGCGACCAGUUUGGUCGAUGGAACACUUCCCUCAGAAAAGAGAAACGUCAUAAACGACACCCAUGCCACACUUUUACAAUCUUUCUGUGCUUGACAUUGUAUGCGUGCUAAUAAUAUAAUUGUUCUCGUCUGUCCUCCAUCUAUUGCUCCUUUAAAUAUUUACGUUUGUUUUUAAUGUUCAAAAGUGAGCGGAUGGUAGCAGUGGCACUGUGUUAAAUUCAAGUCGCUUGGAGUUUCACUGCAUCAUAAGCUCACUGACUACAAUAAAUUUUAUUUAUCAUUGUCUUAUCUUGGCGAAACCAUUGUCAGUUUCCAAAGGUCUGC